AUGAUUGGAGCAUUUUUGGAAGAUGUUGAUGUUUCCAAGUGGAGCAGCGAAUUCGAGAAUGAGAAUUCUUUUGUUAAAUGCGCUUUUAUUGACGCCAAAGAAAAACGCUGUUUCUUUGCUUUUAAAUGCUAUCCAACCCAAGAUUUAAUCAAAAAUUCUAAUCUAAGCGAAUUUCCAGAAAUUCUAGAAUUCAAAAAUAGAAUACAACUAGUUGAACCUCAGAAUCAGUGCAGUUUGUUAAUUUUAGAUCCUGAUUUAGUCUUAUCAAAAGAAGAAAAUAUAUUUACAAACGAAAAACUUGAAGAACAUGGGUUGUUCAAAGAAAUUUCACCCAAAUACGUUGCAUUUCAAACAUUAUUAUACAAUCCUUAUUUACUUAGGAACAAAUUUAAAUACAACUUCACCGUAGUUUGUAGAUAUAGUUCAACGGAAGCUAUUCUAUUUGGUGGAGAAUAUUUGAAUGAUUUUAGAAAUUCAACUGAAGUUUACAAAGAUGGAGAGGAAUCCUAUUUAGAUGUUGCCCUAUCUGACGAGAAAAAUAUUUCCUAUAAAAGAAAAUGUACUUAUGCUGUUAAAUUACCAAUAUUGAAAUAUAAAUUACUCCGCGGACUUGAUAUUACCUCAGGAAAACUCUCCAUUAGAAAGGUAUAA